ACCGGCGCAUGCUCUCCGCAGCCGCUUGGGGAUCCGCUGCGCCGCUGUCCACCGGACUGCGACCCCAGGAGCCGUCCUUUUCGCGUCCUUCACUUGCGUCUCAAAGAAAAAACAACAGUCCCCUGCUCCAAAAGCCGAUUGCGCUGUGCACAGCGCUAGCGACGUUUUGAGCAAGCAUGGUUUACACUUCGAGAGCCUGCGCCGGCCUGCUGGCGCAGAGGCUCUUCAUCCAAGCACGUUGCCUGCAUGUAUCACCACUGUCGAGUGCGGCAGCACAGGUUGCCAUCAGCAGGUUUGAGUCUGACCGCUACCUGCCAUAUGAGAAACUCGAAAAGAACCUGCAGGUUGUUCGAAAACGGCUGAAUCGGCCUCUGACCCUCUCUGAGAAGAUUCUCUACUCUCACUUGGAUCAGCCCCAGGAGCAGGAGAUUGAACGUGGUAAGAGCUACCUGCGACUGCGACCAGACCGGGUUGCCAUGCAGGACGCCACGGCACAGACGGCGCUGCUCUACACGCAUCUCGGCGGAACUCUUUGA